AUGAAGUCAGCCUCCCUGGCUUGCCGCGUAGCCGCCCUAGCCGGGCUCUUGGCUUUCGCUGAAGCAUCGCAUAGUCACCAUCACUCUCAUGAUCACAGAACUCAGCAUCUUCGCACCCCUACCGAGGAAGGGGAUCUUGCUGUGCAGAAACGAGGCGGACAAUGCCAAUUCCCUACCGAUGCCGGCUUGGUCGCUGUUACCCCGGAUUCUGACAACGCAGGGUGGGCUAUGAGUCCGGAUCAGAAAUGCACGCCGGGCUCUUGGUGCCCCUAUGCAUGCCCUGCAGGACAGGUUUCCAUGCAGUGGAACCCCAAGGCUACUUCUUACACCUAUCCGCUCUCGAUGGAUGGUGGACUAUAUUGCGACGAAGAUGGCAACAUGCAAAAGCCUUUCCCGGACAAGGAUUACUGCGUUGACGGAACUGGCACUGUUUCUGCUGUCAACAAAGCCGGUCAAGCCCUUUCUUUCUGCCAAACGGUCCUCCCUGGCAAUGAAGCCAUGCUCAUCCCAACCCUGGUUGAGGAUACUGCAACCCUUGCAGUGCCCGGACCUAGUUUCUGGUUAAGCACGGCUGCCCACUUUUACAUUAAUCCCCCCGGUACUGGAACCGAGGGAUGUAUUUGGGGAACUAAUGCCAAUCCAAUCGGAAACUGGGCUUACUUUGUCGCCGGUGCGAAUACUGAUUCCACCGGAAACACGUUUGUCAAGAUCGGCUACAACCCGGUCGUACAGGAAGCCAGCACCCCUUUCCGUGAUACACCUGCAACUUUCGGUGUUGAGAUCACUUGUGAUGACGAUGCUGGUUGUAACGGCCUGCCAUGCAAAAUUGAUCCUUCCGUAAAUGCCCUGAAUGAAGUUACCUCCAAUGAAAGCUCCGACGGAGCCGGUGGCGCUGCUUACUGCGUUGUCACUGUUCCCAAGGGUAAAAGCGCAAACCUCUACUCCAUCGUCAACUUCUUCUCCCACAACCACGUCUCACAGCCCAAGCUCAGCCAGCUCAACAAGCACCUCAAGCACCUCAAGCGCAUCAAGCUCGACUCCAAGCUUGACCACAUCCACUCCGAUCAACUCUUCUUCCUCUUCCAUGUCAUCCUCUGA